AGAAUCCGCGUGGCAGUCGCAUGGCAGGAGUUAGCAAUUUCAAUGUUGGUCUGGUCGGCCUCAGCACGACACCUGCUUUGGAAGAGCUUCUUGCUGCAUUGAAUAUACUUACAGCCCAAAUCACUCCAAGGAUCAACGGAAACGAGAGUACGAUAAUCUGCUGUUCCAAAAAGUAGCGCCUGCAUUGAAUAUGACGAUGCAAGAAGGUCACAGCAGAGUGUCAACACACUUGACGCCUGUCGAGCAAGUAUACAAGGCAGAACUUGCAGCUCUCAACAGGAUAGCAGAGUCCGGCAUCUACAAGGAAUAUACACACGAAACCACCCCAGAAGGAUCGCGUAUCUGGACACUCAAACGCAAGCGUUCGCUCACAGAACAGAAUCUCCGACGCCUCAAUCAACAUCACCGCAACAAGGUCCCAAAACUAUCACCGAUCGGCAUCGACUUCCUCUCGCCCACCGGCAAUACUGAAUGGAAGGAUAUUAGGCUCUCCUAUCUCCUGGAGAAACCUCACUGGGCCGAGGAAGGCGGCGUUCUAAUGCACAAAGCCUAUCUCCGCGCAUGUGCGGGCGUCAUUCCACCGCGUUACUCGCCUUGGGACUUCGUGAGCAAUGGUAUGCCCGCACAGUUCUACGAGAGCGAGGAAGAGAAGCAGUGGUGGGAGACGCAUAAUGAUCCUUAUUAUUCGAAGCUUGGUUGUGCCCAUGGGGAAGUCAGGAAAGGUUUUACGCAGGAGUGGUGCUACGAUGUGAAAUUGAAAGUCUGGUACAGACAGGUGAAGAUCUUGGAGGAGUGGAAGUUUUCGCCGGAGGAUUGGAAGGAAAGGUGGGUGAUCAGGAGCGAGAGGAAGAGGCUUGAAAGGAACGCGGGCGAGAUCAGUCCGAGGGAUACGAAGACCCCGGAGGCGGAAGCGGUGGAGGAUACAGAUCAAAUCGAUGUUUUGCGGAAAGGUGCUGCUGGCGAGCUGGGCCAAUCUGGUGCUCAACAGCAUAUGAUGCAGCCUGUUCUGGAUGACACGGGACUAUCAUUUGUUCGCUGGGCACCACAAUCCAAGACAGUUGAUUCGCCGGACACGAGGAAGGCAUCUCUCCUCCCGCAACCCAUCGUCGACGAAGCUGGCCUGUCUUUUGUGGGCUGGCAACAGAAAGAGAAGAAGAAACGGUCUCCAUCUCCUCAACGGCCUGUAAAUCAUCUCGGAUUUCAUUCAACCAAGAAGCCCCGCGGCAAAAAGCGCAAGCUCUCGAACUACGUUAGGCACUCGCAGGUUGACAAAAAGUCCCGUGCUCGUCGCCGUUCACUGGAAAAGCCAGCUCCACGACGACAGCAGAAAAUCUCCUUGCACGAUGUGAUUGUUGACGAAACCGGCCUUUCAGUCGUUGGAUGGACGCGUUCGAAUGCGGUGAAGAGGAAAGCAUGAGAGCAUUUAUGGCAUUGGUCUGGGACCUCG